AUGCACCAAUACAAAGUGGCAUUUGAGCAAUUUAAAAAAGAAAAAGAUUAUUGGAAACAAGUCAUUAUACGGAUUGUUGCGCUUGUGAAAUUUCUUGCAAAAUAUGGCUUAGUGUUUCGUGGGACAAAUGAAAAGUUGUAUCAAAAAGUCAAUGGAAACUUUUUGGGUUUAGUUGAGAUGUUGGAAGAGUUUGACCCGAUUAUGAAAGAACAUGUGUGCCGUGUUUUGAAUGAAGAGUGUCAUGUACACUUUCUUGGCCACAAUAUUCAAAACGAGUUGAUACAAUUAUUAAGGGAUAAAGUUAGAACCGAAAUCAUCAAGAAGGUUAAGCAAGCAAAGUAUUACUCCAGCAUCCUCGAUUGCACGCCUUAUACAAGUCACCAAGAGCAAAUGUCCAUAAUUGUGAGAGAAGUGGGGUUCUCUAAGGCGCUUGAUGAAGCUAGAAAAAUUGCAAAUGAAAUAUGUGUUAAUGGGGAAUUCCGAAAAAAACGUGUGAUAAAUAGGAAAAAACAAUUUGGUGAAUCAUCAAGUGUAGAAGAAGUAACAUUUUCACCCGAUGAGGAUUUUAGAACUCUAAAUGAAGCCAAUCUUAAGGAGUGUUGUUAUCGCCUUCAAAAUGCAUUAAAGUAUGAAGGAGAGUCCGAUAUUGAUGCUAAAGAAUUGUGUUCAGAGUUGAACUUGAUUAAUACAUUUUUACCGAGACACAUUGGCAACCCUUUUGAUGUUUUAGACUAUAUCUUCCAACGCAGUACUACUUAUCCAAAUGUUGUAAAUGCAUAUAAAGUGUUGUUGACAAUUCCGGUAACCGUGGCAGGCAGAAAGAAGUUUCUCAAAGUUGAAGUUGUUGAAGACCUAUUUACGUUCUACAAUGUCACAAAAAGGCUAAACGGAUUGGCGACAAUUUCUAUUGAAAGUAAAAUAUUAGAUACUAUGGAUUACAAGGAGUUGAUCGAGAGCUUAGCUUCAAAAAACGCUAGAAGAACCACACUUUUCGCUAAGCAAGUAGGUUCGAUAACUUGA